AUGUGGCGAGUGGAAAUAAACAAUUUUCUUUUGAGUUUUUUGGCAGGAGGAGCUUCAUCAGGGGUUAUUCAGGUUAUUUAAACUCCUGUUGAUUUAAUGAAUAUAAUCAUUUACUCUUAAAAUCCAAAUCAGCCUAUUCCAUUUAUUUGUAUAUUUUAAAUAUAUCUUAUUAGAGAGACUUUUUUGUUAUUUUCGAUUACUUCAAGAAGAUGGAAUUAUAACUUAUUUAUUUAAAAACGGGUUUUAGAAAAUAAUGAGAAGUGCUUUAUUAUCUGGAGUACAUUUUUCAGUUAAAGAUACAUUAAGGAACUUGCUGUUAUCAAAUAAUGAAAUUUAAAACAACACAAAGAAGUUUCUCUUAAAAUUACUUUAGGCUAUUUUAUGGCACACUAAUUAAUGGUGGAAUUUCAGGAAUAGUGGGAAUGCUGACUGUGUAUCUUCUUGAUUUCUAAAUGAUAAUGUAAAUGAAUAAUGCUGGACCUCAGUCUAAUAGAAAUUCAACACGCUAAAAUUAAAUUAAAUAAGUCUUUAUUGGAUUGGGCUUAUCCAUACCAGGAGUUUUUGUUUACAGAGCUCUUUAUUUUGGGUAAAUUUCAUUAUAAUUGCUAAGGUGUUAUGAUACUGGAAAAUAGAUUUUUUGGGGAAAGGCGUUAAAAUAAUAUAAAGCUCCCUUUUUCUUUAAAUUUUUACUUGCCUACCUAUCAACUUUUAUUGCCAGUUCUUUCUCAUUUCCCUUUGAUAAUAUUCGAAGAAGAAUCAUGAUGUAAUAAAAUUAACCUCCAUCAAAAAGACUUGUAUUCAAUUAGUUAUAUAGUUUAAGGGCUUUUUUGGAUUGAUUAAGUUAAUUAUUUAGAAAGAAGGCUUUAGUGGAUUUUAUAAGGGAAAUUCUUUCACUAUUGGAAAAUAUGUAAAUUAAUCUUUAGCCCUAGUGCUUUAUGAUUGUUUUCAAAAAAUACUCUUAAGAAUUUGA